CAAUCAGAGCAGGGUAGGAAACGGACUCACGAGAAGCUUCUUUUUACUUUCGGUUUAAUCUCGGUCCGUCUGAAAACUGACUCAGCCGUAGAAAUAGAACCGUCUUUAAACUCUGAACUCUAAAUAAAUGUGCUGUUAUAUAUAUUUUAAAUGAUUCGAAUUUAAAUCAGGCACAGGCACGAAGAGCUGAGGAACCAUCGGUGCCUGGUGAUUUUGACGCCGUACGAAGAAGGGCGGUGCCGCUCUAACGGAGGUUCGAACUUCCACAGAAAAGAAUUUUGAUCAGCGGAAGAAGACUCAGGGAGUGUCCGCCUCACAGCUCGUGUUCUGAGGCAUAUUUGAAGUUUGAGUCUCUCCGGUUCCGAGUCACAGACAUGGAUGGGCACUCGAGUUCCGGGCCCGUCACGGUGCUGCUGCUCGCCGCCCUCACGAGCUUCGCGCUGGGCCAAGGUCCGGUGUACGUCGAGGAAGGAAAACCCCUGGUCCUGACUCCUCCGAAGCACGGAACCGCCAUCAAGAGCGUCGUGUGGCAGAUCAACGGGAACCUGGUGGCGGAGUGGUUGAGUAAUAACGUUGUGUUCUACAGGUCGUUUAUAGGACGGACCGAACUGGACAAGAGCACCGCACAACUGACCGUCAACAACUCCAUGCAAAGCGACGGGGGAGAUUAUAAGGUGGAGAUCAACAACGAGCUGCAGAGUCAAGUGUACACGGUUAAAGUGAUCAAGAAGGUGCCCAAGCCCUGGGUUGAGGUGAGGACCACGCCAUGCGACCACACAUCCACCAAAUGUACCCUCACCUGUGAGGGAGACCCCGCCGGGACUCAGCCCCUCACCUACAGCUGGAGGAAGGACUCAGGUGAGUGGGGGCCGGAGCAGCAGAGUAAUGACCUCAUCAUCUCCAAUGACACGGAGACGAAGCGUGUAAAACUGAUCUCGUGCAGGAUGAAGAACCCAGUCAGCAAAGAGGAGAGUGACCCCCUUCAUAACCCAAUGUACUUGGGGGGCGCGGGAUAUUUCUCUCCAAAUGGGCUGGCUGCAGGUAUAUCCUUCUCCGUCUUCGCUGUGGCCUUGGUUGGAGUUGGAGUUUGGAAGCGAGAAGCCAUCAAGGAAAAGAUCUGUGCAGGUUCAGAGACUGAAUCUCCAGAGGAGGUCGGGAGUUCUGCUUUAAAUGAAAGAGAUGGAAGUCCAUCUGUUAAUCAACCCCUGAAUGGAAAGCCAAACUAGAGAGAUUUACAUUCCUCAACCAAGGCCACAGUCUGUCUCACUAUGAAACACAGAGCAGAAGAAAAAAAUGCUAGAUUUUACCCCAAAAUGAAUUGAGCUCUUCCUUAAGUCGUGUCCCCGCCCUCCUCUAAACUUCACAGGACUCUGUUCAGUGGUUUCUUCGUUUUUCUGCUAAGGAGCAAGCGCAGGUAAAACCACGACCUCCGUCCAGCUGAUGAAGCUCCAGCAUCACAUCUGGUCUCCGGUGCUUUGAACAACUCAUCUAUUCAUCCCUUAAUUCUUCCUGUGGCAGAGGUCUUUUCAGGUUUUUUUUAUAUAAAAUUAGAACCUUAGAGCUGAGGGCAGAAGCAAAGAAAUGUUAUAAUCUGACUAUAUUGUCUUUUUCUUUUUUAAGUAACCACCUCUGUACAGGCUGUAGCUGUAUGUUAUUAAAAAUAUGAGACGGAUGUGAAAAAUAAUUCAGUAACUGCCCGUCUCAAUUCAUAGUAUGACAGUGGUGGAAGAAAUAACAUUUUUCUUUUAAACCAAAGAAGUAAAAAUAGUUUUGAAAUAUUAUUGAACUAUUAUAUGUAAAGUCAGGGAAUCAAAAUGAACUUGAGCUUCUUUUGACCUUCACUAAACUGAUAUUGAGAUGAAAUGUUCUGGAAGUUCUGUAUCUGAGAACAAAUGACUGAGCCAGUGUCUCCCUGCAGCCUCUGAGUAAAAUGUCUAAACAAUGUCAGAGAGUGAGAAUUCCGCAGGAGGCGAGUUGACGUGUUGAUGAGGUGUUUAACACUUGAUGGACAUAAAACUGGAGAAAAAUAAAUAUCUCAGGAUGAAGAAGAGGAGCUGUACCCGUAGAAGACGAAGAUGUCAACUUGUAAAGACGAGGAGUUUCCAGAGUUUAUCCGGAGUUCCUGUCUGAAAUCAGCUUUAAAGUAUCAUAAGUAAAAUUACUUUUAAUUUGAUUUGAAAUGUUUAUGUGUUAGGUAGAGUUAGCCUGUGAAUUCAUAUCUUAGCAGACACGUUUCCAUGGACACCAAUAUUCUGACAUUAACCAGAAUAAGACCAUCUGAAUAAGGCACUGCAUGUAAAGGGCAUGUUCUGAUGAAUAGAACCUGAAUGAGAUCAUACUCAGACAAAUAAUUUAUCAAACUAAGAACUAUGGAGUAUUCUGACUUCAGCCUCAUUAUUUUUAUGUGCUUAUCUCAUUAUAAUUGGAGGUUUCACAGCAUUUUGUGUCAUCAACAUGCGACAGUUACCAACUGAUGACAAUGUGUGUCCUGGAUUGUUAAAUUACUAACGUUUCUUUUAUUAAUUUUUUUAUUAAUUUUUAUCAUUCACUUGAAGCAGACUAAUUGAAUGUAUUUUUUUAACCGCAGCUUGUCGUGUGUCCGAAUCAUUUUUUGAUUAUUUUUUUCCAACAAUAUGCACGUACAGGGUCAAUGUCAAACAUUAAGACGCAUGUGUGUGUUUAAAUUCAACAAUCAACUCAUUAUCUAACUAUCACCAUGUCUUAUGCACUGACUGCUUCUAUGUAUCUAGAGUUAAUCCCUGUCUGCUGUGAAAAACAACUUCCUCUCUUAACAAAAUGGAAAUCUGUUAUGAAAACCUCCAGUUUGUCUUUGUUAUUGAUAGUUUCUCACAUUUCAAAUGUUGGCGCUGUGGAGUUGUGUGCCUUGAAAUAAAAUGUAUUUUGUUGUCACAGUAUAAAGUGUGGUGUUUAUUUCAUUCUUACUCGUGGGAUUCGGGGCCCGGGGAUGCAUGGACGCAGCCUUCCUAGUGGUCGGGGAGUUCGGGCCGUACCAGAAACAGGCAGUGGCGGUUCUGGUCGUGACUCAGUUUGGUCCAUGUCCUGUUUGCUAACAAGGAGGAGGUGGAGUUUAUACUGCACCCAGCCACCAGGGGACGAUCAAGAUGAUUUGCCUUCACUGUGUAAAUGGCGUUUCAGGCCAUGCUGAUUGUUCUGGUUGGUUCUACACCCGAGCACCACAUCGAGCAACAGGACGACGCGGCGGCCGGACACCAGGAGCUGCACCAACAAGUCACCUUCACGGAGGACAUGGACUCCAUAGUGACCGAGUGGUUUCUGGUCAAGCAGCAGGCCUAUAAGGUCAGUCUCGCUGGAUCGCUGGUCUUCGCCGGGCUUCUGGUGGGAAACAUCUUCUUCGGGCCACUUUCUGACAAGAUCGGGAGGAGACCGGUCUACUUGACAGGUGAGAGACACCACAGAGCAUUGAUAGACGAGCACUGUUUGUACUGGGAACAGUGGAAAUUAUCUCUUAGGAGAUUUUGAAAAAAUUAACUUUUCUUAAAAACAGGACUUUAGACAAUUAAUUAACAGAUGAUUUUAAUAUUUUUUUCUCAUCUGCUACUGGCAUUUAUGUUAUGUUAAUGUAAUGAUAUACAAUGAUUGUGUGUCAGAGUGUUGACUGUCGGGAGACACCACACGUCGCAACUAGAACUGGGAAUAUCCCACGGGUGUCUUACAAUGCAGUUUUUCUUUUUCUUUGUUGUGGAACAGGUAUUAUCUUUGUUAUUUAAAAAGGUUUUCAUUACAUUGGUUGAAUCUGUAGAAACCCUGUUGAGUUAUUUUCAGAAGAGUUGUGGUUUAUAUAGAUUUAAUUUGUGGCCUGAACAGAAAAAGUGUGUAUUUACCUGGAGCUGUAAGGGAUCAUUGGUUUGUGUCAAUCAAAUAAUUCAGCCUAAUCACUUAUUCAUUCUGCACAACUAUGACUGAACCAUGUACACUGAAGGUGAAAAUAGUUCCUGGCUCAUUAUAUGCAAUCUUAUGUAUGUUGUUAUCUUUUAUAAAUUUUUAUCCUUCACUCUAGGCAGAAUAAUUGAAUGUAUUUUUUUCUGAUUCACGCAGCUUGUCGUGCAUCAGAAUAAUUUUUCUGAUAAUUUAUUUCCCACAAUAUGCACGUACAGGGUCAAUGUGAAACAUUAAGAAGCAUGUGUGUGAUUCAAUUCAACAACCAAAUCAUUAUCUAACUAUCACCAUGUCUUUUGCACUGACUGGUUCUGUGUUUUCAAAGUUAAUCCCUGUCUGCUGUGAAAAACAACUUCCUCUCUUAAUAAAAAUGGAAAUCUGUUAUGAAAACCUCCA